AAGGAAUUUGUAAUAGCUGAAAAAAUAUAGAGCAAGGAAAACCGAAUACGAAAGAAAGGGGUUCACAUCUCAUCUCUCUCUCUUCUCUCUCUUCUUCAGUGGCAUGUUUUGAACUGGAUUAAUUGGUGCCAUUGUGUUGAUCUUGGACUGCGAGAGAAGAUGACUAUGCACCAGCGAAAUACCAUUGAGUUAGACAAAGGAUGGGACUUCAUGGAAAGAGGGAUCGUAAAACUGAAGAAUAUUCUUGAAGGACUACCCGAGCCUCAAUUCAACUCAGAGGACUACAUAUUGCUCUACACGACGAUUUACAAUAUGUGUACUCAAAAGCCCCCACAUGAUUAUUCUCAGCAAUUGUAUGACAAGUACCGAGAAGCUUUUGAAGACUACAUUACAAGAACGGUUCUGCCUUCCUUGAGGGAGAAACAUGACGAGUUCAUGUUGAGGGAGCUUGUGAGAAGGUGGUUAAACCAUAAAGUCAUGGUGCGAUGGCUUUCGAGAUUCUUUCAUUAUCUUGAUCGAUACUUCAUAGCUAGAAGGUCACUUCCACCACUUAAAGAAGUUGGUCUGACAUGUUUCAGAGACCUGGUAUAUCAUGAGGUGAAUGGGAAAGUGAGGGAUGCUGUUAUAUCCCUGAUUGAUCAAGAGAGGGAAGGAGAGCAAAUAGAUCGUGCUUUAUUAAAGAAUGUCCUAGAUAUUUUUGUUGAAAUUGGAAUGGGGCAGAUGGAGCAGUAUGAGAAUGACUUUGAAGAAGCAAUGCUCAAGGACACAGCAGCUUACUAUUCUCGGAAGGCUUCUAACUGGAUCUUAGAUGAUUCGUGUCCUGACUAUAUGUUGAAAGCUGAGGAGUGCUUGAAACGAGAGAAGGACAGGGUUUCUCAUUAUCUUCAUUCAAGUAGUGAGACAAAAUUGCUCGAGAAAGUACAACAUGAGCUGUUGUCUGUGUAUGCCACCCAACUGUUAGAGAAGGAGCACUCAGGUUGUCACGCUUUGCUUAGGGACGACAAGGUGGAAGAUUUGUCAAGGAUGUAUAGGCUCUUUUCUAAAGUACCUCGAGGCUUAGAACCUGUUGCAAAUAUUUAUAAGCAGCAUGUUACCGCUGAAGGUACUGCUUUGGUUAAACAAGCAGAAGAUGCUGCGAGCAACAAGAAGGCUGAAAGGAAAGAUGUUGUCGGAUUACAGGAACAGGUAUUUGUCAGAAAAGUGAUCGAACUCCAUGACAAAUUCAUGGCGUACGUGAAUGAGUGUUUUCUAAAUCACACGCUUUUUCACAAGGCUCUUAAAGAGGCCUUUGAAAUCUUCUGCAACAAGGGUGUUGCUGGAAGUUCUAGUGCUGAACUUCUUGCCACAUUUUGUGAUAACAUUCUCAAAAAGGGCGGCAGUGAAAAAUUAAGUGAUGAAGCUAUUGAAGACACUCUGGAGAAGGUAGUAAAAUUGCUUGCUUACAUCAGUGAUAAGGACUUGUUUGCUGAAUUCUACAGAAAAAAACUUGCACGACGCCUGUUAUUUGAUAAAAGUGCAAAUGAUGAGCAUGAGAGGAGUAUUCUGACAAAGUUGAAGCAGCAAUGUGGUGGCCAAUUUACGUCUAAGAUGGAGGGAAUGGUUACAGAUUUGACACUGGCAAGGGAAAAUCAGACCAGCUUUGAGGAAUAUCUUAGUAAUAAUGCAAAUGCAAAUCCAGGAAUUGACUUGACAGUAACUGUUCUCACAACGGGUUUCUGGCCAAGUUACAAGUCCUUUGAUCUAAAUCUUCCUGCUGAGAUGGUCAAGUGCGUUGAAGUAUUUAGAGAGUUCUACCAGACAAAAACAAAGCACAGGAAACUUACAUGGAUAUAUUCCUUGGGCACUUGUAACAUCAAUGGAAAGUUCGAACAGAAGACUAUUGAGUUAAUUGUAACUACUUAUCAGGCUGCGGCUCUACUGCUUUUCAACUCCUCAGAUAGAUUAAGCUAUCAAGAAAUCAUGACUCAGUUGAACCUAUCCGAUGAUGAUGUCGUUAGGCUGCUUCAUUCGCUUUCGUGUGCCAAGUAUAAGAUUUUGAGCAAGGAGCCCAACACCAAAACGAUUUCUCCAACUGAUGUUUUUGAAUUUAAUUCAAAAUUCACUGACAAAAUGAGAAGGAUCAAGAUCCCUCUUCCCCCUGUGGACGAGAAAAAGAAGGUGAUUGAGGAUGUUGACAAGGACAGGAGAUAUGCAAUCGAUGCCUCGAUUGUGCGUAUAAUGAAGAGUAGGAAAGUCUUGGGCUACCAGCAGUUAGUUAUGGAGUGCGUUGAGCAAUUGGGGCGUAUGUUCAAGCCCGAUGUUAAAGCAAUCAAGAAGAGGAUUGAAGAUUUAAUCACUCGCGACUAUCUAGAAAGGGACAAGGACAACCCCAACUUGUUCAAAUACUUGGCCUGAUUUCUAAGAAAUCGAACGAAAAAAAAGGUGGAUUCCAUGUCGAGCUCAGAAAACUGUAUAGUCUACUGCAUGGUUGGUUCAUUGACUUUUGAGAUGAGAAUUUCAUGUACAUUUUGACCGUUUCUACUUAUUGAGGAUUAAAAAAAAAAAAAAAAAGAUGAACGACGGUUUCUGAGCUGUGAGACAAAAUCCAGCUCCCAUCCAUUUUCCCUAGCGUUUACGUUUUAUUUUCUUGAUACUUUGCCGUUUCUUUAGGUUUGGCUUCUUCGAAAAACGUGAAGAUUCAGUACAAGUCUGUUUUGCCAUUUAUCGUAUAAACCUUAAUAUCAGAUGCAUUGUCUAUA